UCUCGCGACUACAGUCUACAGCCGCAGACUGGGAGAAGGGGUUUUAUGCCUCCUCCCCCCGCUCCGAAUCAGCUCGAGGCAGCAGCUCCCCCGCAAAAACCCUAGCUUUACCUCCGCCCCGAGUCUCCCACCAAGCGGCUCCAAGAUGAAGCUCGUCAGGUUCUUGAUGAAGCUGAACAACGAAACGGUGACCAUCGAGCUCAAGAAUGGCACCGUCGUACACGGAACCAUUACCGGCGUUGACAUCAGCAUGAAUACUCAUCUGAAGACUGUAAAGCUGACGCUAAAAGGGAAAAAUCCUGUUACCCUUGAUCACCUUAGUGUGAGGGGAAACAACAUCCGCUAUUAUAUUCUUCCUGACAGCCUAAAUCUGGAGACUUUGCUGGUUGAGGAAACACCAAGGGUCAAGCCUAAGAAGCCUACUUCUGGGAAGCCCUUGGGACGUGGGCGUGGCCGUGGUCGUGGGCGCGGUCGGGGUCGGGGACGCUGAGCAUGCUCGCAGCUUUUGGAAAUUGCACUGCGUGCAUCUGCAGUGUAAUCUACAUUCCUAUCAUUUGUAUGGAGUAUGCCUUUGAUUAUGGCACCCAUAUUAGUGUCAGUUGUUUUUGCUGUGGAUUCAUGUUGAUGAGUUUACAAUGUGAUCAUAUGUUCUUUUCCAACUCCUAUGGAUGACGACUAAAUACUAUCUCUAGUAAGCAUAUGCCCUACUUUUUAUCUACCAUACCACACAAUGAUGAUGAAGAGUAAAGAUUGCACUAUUCGCUAA